AUGGCUGAUAUCCUGCCAGCAGAUGGGGACCGGGUCAUCCAAAAGCCGCAGGUCGGCGUGGCGCGGAGCUGGAGCGCUCAGGAGCUGGAGCAGGAGCAGCAGCAGCUCCAGCCAGGACCCCGGAACCACGCGCGGCCGGCGAAACGGAUCGCCCAUGGCCCUGGCACAGUGGCCGGGGAUCCGAGGCCACAAUGGCGUUUCGCCUUCAGCCACUUUGUGGUAGAACCCAGCCAGGAGUACGAGGUGACUGUUCACCACCUGCCCAAGCCCAUCCCUGACGGGGACCCAAACCACCUGUCCAAGAAGCUCCUUGUGCCAGAUUGUGAGGACUCCAGGAUGAAGAUAACCAUGCCAUGUGUGCGCUCAGGCAGCCUGUGGGACCCCAACAUCACCGUGGAAACCCUGGAGGCCCACCAGCUGCAGGUGAGCUUCACGCUGUGGAACGAAUCCUCCCAUUACCAGAUCCUGCUCAACAGUUUUCCACACAUGGAGAACCACAGCUGCUUCGAGCACAUACAGCGGAUACCUGCGCCCAAACAAGAGGAAUUCCACCAGCGAGCCAACCUCACUCUCCCGCUACACAGCUCUAACUGGUGCUGUCGCCACCGAGUACAGGUCCAGCCCUUCUUCAACAGCUGCCUUAAUGACUGCCUUAGACACACUGUGACCAUCCCCUGCCCAGACGUUCCAGAGCCUUCAGUCACAAUUGCAGAGUAUAUACCCCUGUGGGUGUAUGGCUUCAUCACGGGCAUCUCUAUCCUGCUGGUGGGCUCCAUCAUCCUGAAGACCAAAUGCACAACUUGGGGGCAACAUGAUGUCCCUGCCGAUGAACUGACCCUCCCAACCCCUGAUUCCUGGGAAAGUCUGGCGCAUCCGAGGAGCUCACCACCCACGCUCCGUGACCGUGCUCCUAGAGGUCACCGUUUCUACUACCCCUGUGGUGCUGAAAUGUCCCUCAACCUCCUGGAAAAACAGGUCAUCUCAGAAGUAGGGGUCAGGACCUUGGUGGGCAACCAGAAGCAGGAAGUGCUGCUCAGGAGGCUGAGGGAGGAUGAGCCCACCACCCCGCCCACUGGGGACCUUUUCACCGAGGCCAUGAACAUGAUCCUGCCAGACUUCAAGAAGCCAGCCUGCUUUGGCACCUACAUCGUCUGCUACUUCACUGGCAUCAGCAGUGAGAGCGAUAUCCCCGACCUCUUCCACAUCACCUCCAGGUACCCCCUUAUGGACAAGCUAGAGGAGGUUUACUUCCGGAUCCAGGACCUGGAGAUGUUUGAACCUGGCCGGAUGCACCGGCUCCAGGAGCUCACAGGGGAAAACUACCUGCAGAGCCCCAGCGGCCGGCAGCUCAAGGAGGCCAUGGAGAAGUUCCGGGAGUGGCAGACCCAGUGCCCUGACUGGUUUGAACGUGAGAACCUUUGCUCCACGGAUGACCAGAACCUCCCAUCCCUGGACGAAGAAGUGUUUGAGGAGCCACUGCUGCCGCCGGGGAGCGGGAUAGUCAGGCAGCAGCCCCUGGUGUGGGAACCUGCCUCCAAGGGCUGCCUGAGGGUAGAUUUAUGUGUGGGCGAGGAAGGAAGGGGGAUGUCGAGGGUGGCACCCCAAUUGCAGCCCCAGGGGGAGGCCAUCCAAACCGUGGUGCUCCCCAGAGAGCAGGUCCCUGCUGCUUGUGCCGUGGAGCUGGUUCCUCUGGCUGACAGCAGCGUGGCCAGCUGGCUGACCUGGGUGGAGGAGGGCAAGGCCUGCCCCCUGCUGGAGGAUCGUGGCCUCCAGAGAAAGAACCUCCUCUUCCUCCCCGGGGACCCUGAGGACUCGCCUCUCUGCAGCACUCCAGUGGCUUCACCUGGCCACCUCCCCGAUGGUAUGAGGGAGCAGCUGGGGGGGCUGAUGCUCUCACUUCUGCAGCAGAGUCUGAAGAGCCAGGCCCAGGGUGCAUGGGAAGACCCUGCCCUGGUGCUCAAGGACCCCUCCAUACCCUGUGAGGAGGAGCAGCGGCAGUCUGUGCAGUCGGACCAGGGCUACAUCUCCAGGAGCUCCCCACAGCCCCCUGAUGGGCUUGGGGAAAUGGAGGAGGAAGAGGAAGAACAGGACCUAGGGAAGUCAGCUGAGCAGCUGUCUCCUGAGCUUCUGCAGGACCUGAGGAGCCUCCAGCAGCAGCUUUUCUUCCAAGAUCUCCAAAAGAACUCUGGCUGGGACAGUGUGGAGUCAGAGAGGCCGGCUACAGAAUAGCAGGCCGCUUCCUAGAGCCUCCCUGGUCCAGACCCUCCAUAGGGUAUUCAUGUGCAUGUGGGUGUACAUAUGUAUGUGUGUGUGUGUGUGUGUGAAGCAUCUGCUUUUAAAAUGUAGAUGUCUUAUCAGGCAUGGUGGCAUGUCCCUAUGGUCCUAGUUACUUGGGAGGCUGAGAUGGGAGGAUUAGUUGAGCCUAGAAAUUCAGGACCAACCUGUGUGACAGCAAGAUCCUGUCUCAAAAAUAAAUUAAGGAAAAUAAAACGUACACAUCCUGAUUCUGAUCCCAGUACCCCUCCUUAACUUUUCUUUAUGUGACCAUCUUGUAUCCCCACAAGAAGUCACAACCCAUUCCCAGGAAUUCAUGGAUGAGUCAUUCAUUGAUUCAUUCAGCAUUUAUUUGGCACCUACUGUGUGCCAGGCAUUUGGGAUAAAA